AUGCACAUUCUCAUCACUAUUACUUCUUGCGGGACGCUCAUCAACCAGGCCCUUAGCAAAACCGCCUUUGCUGUCACUCUGCUCAAGUUGACCAAGAAUUGGGCCCAUCAAGGGUACCAAUGGAUCCUAUGGUUCUGUAUCGUAUCAAUGAACGCCUACAUGAUCGUGAAAGUCAUCAUGCAAUGGGGGAAAGUGUGUGGAAAAAAGAAUUACGACGUUGAAUGGCGACUCGACUUUUGCUUGGAGCCCAAAUUCCGGGACAGCUUUAAAGAAGGUGGCAAUGUGUACAACAUCAUCAUGGACUUUGUGCUCGCUGCGUUCCCCUGGGUAUUGACAUGGAACUUGGAUAUGCGCAAGGCCGAGAAGAUUGGGCUCUGCAUCACUAUGAGUCUCGGAAUGGUCGUCGCCAUUGUGUCCGCAGUCCGCACGAACUGGAAAGAUGAAGGAAACGUCAAAGACGCUUGGUACUUCUGGCGCAAUGCCCACUCGAACAUCUGGUACUCGUCCGAGAUCGUCGGCACCAUUAUCGUGCAAUGCAUACCCGUCCUGCGACCCCUACUUCGCGACAUGCACACUUCCUUGACCUCGAAAAAGCUACCAUCAGUAGCUGCGGGCGACAACUCGGAUAGCAAACGACCACCGACUUUCGGAUCUGCCGGUCAUCGAGCACACAUCUACUCUGACGCGAGAUCCACGACAUAUAACGAUAAAGAUGAAACGCCAGACUCAUGGGACAAUCGGGGCAUUUACCACAAGUUUGACUUUGAGCUGAAAACUUUGGACUUGGAUAGGAAAAAGGGCAUGGACACGACAUUCGUUUAG